UGUAAUUUAGGCUUUUGGAUUGUUUUUUAUUAUUCUUUUAUUUUUUGUUGAUUGGAUGUUGGGUGGAUUGGAAACUCACCUGCGAAAAGCACUGACAAAGAAGCAGAGGAAGAUGAGGAAUUUGUUUUCUAUCUGCUUCUUUGGACCUCUGAAUUUUAUGUUUGCAUUUAUUUGAAUUUCCAGUCAUUGGUUGUGUGGAUUUUCUAAGUUUGGAGUGCUUUUCUGAGGGUGAGGGUUGUUUUCUAAUCAUGUUUUUCAUUUAGUUCUCUUGUGAUUGGGUUUUGGGUGGGUUCUAUUUUGGACUGCCUCUCGAAUCAGAUGUUCUGUUAAUCAAAAUUCCAAUGUUUUCUUUGCCUUUCCUGUUUUGAAAUCUAAAUUCCUGGAUUUUUUUUUAUUCUUCUUUUAGAUCGACUUUUUGUGUUUUGAGAUUCUUUUGGUUCUUUUAGCUUCUGGUUCACGGAUAUGAAUUCUCGACUUUUUUUCAGCUUUUUAUUUAUUUAUUUAUUUUUUUAUGGUAACAUUUGCAAUUUUCUUUUUAUGCGAAAUUCCCAACUUGUAUUUUUUAUUUUGAUUUUUUUAAUUAUACUUUAGGUGUUAAUUUCAUAUCUGUUAUUGCUUCUCAAAUCCUCCUAUCAUGUACUCGACUCCAGUUUUGGUUUUGGCGCUCUCGUAGGUGUUGAGAGGCUGAUUUGUACAUUAACAGGCAUAUUUAGAAAUUCCUGUAUUGGCCUAGAUUAGAGGUUUUCGGGUGACCCAUUUGAUUUAUUCCGCCGUCUAUGUUUGAGAAUAUUGUAUAAAUUCAUCUGCCUUCCCAAAUUUGCACGGAGUUAUCAACCAAUGUCUAUCCAUCAUUAUGUGAAUGAAUGGUUCUUUGGUUCUUUAUUUUGAUCCUCUUGCUUUCCUUUUGUUAUUCUUUUUAUGGAUUUCACUUCAAAAGUUUUCAGAAUUUCUUAUGAAUUCAGUCAGAUUCAAAUUUGCACAGGAGAAAACCGGAUUGGAAAAACUGUUCCAAUUGUCAGUCUACUGCAUUUGCUUUUUUAAAUUCCCAGUCUCUAGUGAAUUUGAUGAAAUUCAAACUAGCACAUUAUGAAAAUUGGAUUGAAAAAAAUUGCUUUGAUUGCUGGUUUUCAGAAGUUCUGUUCUCAACUCCUUAUUUUCCUUCGAUUUUGAAAUUUUGCAAUUAUAAUUGAAUUGAGUAUCAUUUAUCUUUUUCUAGUAUUUGCAUCAAUGGGCAAAGUAUAAUUGAAUUGAAUAUCAUUUAUCUUUCUAGUAUUUGCAUCAAUGGAAUUUAUUGAAUAUGCUUUGAAAAUGGUAAUUGCUUCUUGUUUUAUCUCAUCGUUGCAGUUGUUUCAUCAGGUGGCACUGCUAUUGCUUCUUGCCCUAAGUGAUGGUGUUAAAGGCAUUGAAGGAGAGAGCGAUGUGCAAUGCAAAUACGGUAGAGAUUUGACUUUGCUCCUGAGGCCUCACAGUGUCUCCAUCUUGGAAUUUGGGGCUGAAGGAGAUGGGAAGACACUGAAUACACUUGCAUUCCAGAAUGCCAUCUUCUAUCUUCGGUCGUUUGCCGACAAGGGCGGGGCUCAACUCUAUGUUCCAGCAGGCAGGUGGCUCACUGGAAGCUUUAAUCUCAUCAGUCAUCUUACCCUCUUCUUGGAAAAAGAUGCUGUCAUCCUUGGAACUCAGGACUUAUCUCUGUGGCCAGUCGUUGAACCCUUACCUUCAUAUGGUAGAGGGAUUGAACUUCCAGGUGAACGGUAUCGAAGCUUGAUAAAUGGACACCAGUUAAAGGAUGUGGUUAUAACAGGUCAUAAUGGAACCAUCGAUGGUCAGGGUGCCGUUUGGUGGGAGUGGACCAGUUCUCAUUCAUUGAACUAUAGUCGCCCUCACCUUGUGGAGCUUGAGAACUCCACCGAUAUUGUCAUUUCAAAUCUGACUCUCUUGAAUUCUCCUACAUGGAACAUUCAUCCAGUCUAUUGCAGGUAUGUUUUCUAAGGCUGUGUUUGAAUGCCCAUUCUUAUUGAAUACUUGUAAUUUGAGUCAACAAGGAGUACAUGACCAAACUUUUUCUAUCCUGUAUGUUUCAAUCACUACAAUCUUGAUUGCAAUUUCAAAUUCCCAGAAUUGCAAUUGGGUGUUCGGUUGUCAUUAUGGAUUAAAAGAUGCCACCCUGGGCUUACUCAUUCCUCUACCAUGAAUCGAAUGAAUUGCAAUUUAGUUCAUUUGAGCAUCCAAAUACACC